AGGUUAUUACUGAAGAGCUGGGUUUGAACCUCGAGAAAGUGGAUCUGGAUAUGCUUGGAACUUGCAAAAAGGUCACAAUUUCAAAAGAUGACACUGUAAUUCUUGACGGUGCUGGUGACAAGAAGGAAAUUGAGGAAAGAUGUGAACAGAUUUGUCUCGUUGUGAAUUAUAAAAGCUAAGAUAUAGUUUUCCUUUUUGUUGAUACUUGCAGUCACCUGUCCUUUUGUAUUCUUCAAACAGAUUCGGUCAGUAAUUGAAGCAAGCACUUCUGAUUAUGACAAAGGAGAAGUUGCAGGAGAGACUGGCAAAACUUUCUGGUGGUGUUGCUAUGUUCAAGAUUGGAGGAGCUAGUGAAGCUAAAGUUAGUGAGAAGAAGGAUAAGGUUACUGAUGCCUUGACUGCCACAAAGGCAGCCGUUGAAGAGGGUAUAGUACCAGGUGGUGGUGUUGCACUCCUUUAUGCAGCUAAAGAGUUUGACAAACUUCCAACUACUAACUUUGAUCAGAAGAUUGGAGUUCAGAUUAUUCAGAAUGCUUUGAAGGUUUGUAUAUUUUGCUCGUCUCAUGAUGGGUUUGUGAACUUGGCUAGGCUGGCAGCAAUAUGGGUCUUCUUCUUCGAGGUCUAAAACGAGAAGAUAUACAGCGAGGACAGUGGGCGGUAAAGGCUCGGAAAGGAUAUACCUGAUAACAACUUGACGAGGUGCGCAUUGAAGUGUCUGACUACUUACAGACUUUGCUGUAGAUUUUGACUAGUUUUGAUUUUGAGUAAGGCUAGCUUUCAUUUAACCUUUUUGUAGUAGAUGAAGUAUUAGUAAUUGGUAGGCUAGCCUUGUAGUAGGUUAAUUGGGGUUUUAUUUUGCCUAUUUUGUAAACUGUCAAGGAUGAUGAUUUUGGACAGAAUAUCCCAAUACUCAAAUAACUCUUGUCAACUGUGGAUACUACAUUUUAU